CGAAGCUGUAGUCGAUCGAGAAGGACUCCUCGUACUUGUAUUCGUAUUGUUAGCACAACCGGAACUCUUUUCUAUACCAGGGUUUCCUGGUUGAAGUGCUGCCUCACGUUGCAGUUCCUUCAUCGCCGAUCUGAACCGAGAAAGAGAUGGUGAACGGUUAGGUGAAAACAAGCAGAACCCACAUUCCAACGAGGAUGUGGGAGCCCCACAAGCCUGAUGGGCCAGAUGGGGAAACAUCUGGAGCGAGUGCAGCCAAUGGGCACUCAGACCGCAAUGGUCAGCCACCUGCAGAUUCCCUGCAGCCCUCACACUCCCACCCUGGCGGCCUCACCUCCGCCGGUGUAUGGCAGGAAUGAGUUGGAGGAGAGGACCACAUCAAAGCUGCUCGUCUUCCUCAAGCUGCUGGUGAUGCCCAUGCCCAUCAUGAUCUGGCUGGCGGUCAUUGUGGAGGCGGCCAUUGGCAACUGGCUGGACAUGAUCAUCCUGCUGCUCAUCCAAUUUGUGAACGCCAGCAUCGGCUGGUACGAGACUACGAAGGCGAGCGAUGCGGUGAAGGCGCUGAAGGCGUCGCUGAAGCCGCAGGCAACGGUGUGCCGCGACGGGUGCUGGCAGGUGGUGGACGGCUCCAUACUGGUGCCGGGUGACCUCGUGCUGCUGGGCUCCGGCGCGCACAUCCCCGCCGACUGCCGGGUGAAGGAGGGAACGAUUGAUGUGGAUCAGAGCGCUCUGACUGGGGAGUCACUGCCGGUGACGCUGAGGGGCGGCGACGCAGCUCAGAUGGGGGCCACGGUGACGGGGAAGAACACCUUCUUUGGGCGCACGGCGACGCUGCUGCAGAGCGUGGAGAACCUGGGCAACCUCCAGCGCAUCCUCAUGCGCGUAGUCAUCGUCCUGCUGGUGCUGUCAGUGUUGCUGUGCGCGAUUGCGCUGAUCUAUCUGCUGGCGCGCGGCGAGGGCUUCCGCCACGCGCUGGGCUUCAUCGUGGUCCUGCUUGUGGCCUCCAUCCCCAUCGCCAUCGAGAUCGUCAGCACAACGACGCUGGCGCUGGGGUCGCGGCAGCUGGCGGCGCAGGGCGCGAUCGUGACGCGGCUGACGGCGAUCGAGGAGAUGGCCGGCAUGACGCUGCUCUGCUCCGACAAAACCGGCACGCUCACCCUCAACCAGAUGGUCAUCCAGGAGGACUGCCCGCUGUAUGCGGAGGGCGAGGACCGCCACUCGGUACUGCAAGCGGCAGCUGCCGCGGCCAAGUGGUGGGAACCGCCCCGGGACGCGCUGGACUCCAUGGUUCUCAAGGCCGCCGCGCUGCACGAGCUGGAGGGAUACACCCACCUGGACUUCACACCCUUCGAUCCAGCCAUCAAGAGGACUGAGGCGACUGUGCAGGCGCCGGACGGCAGCAGCUUCAAGGUGACCAAGGGGGCAGCCCACGCUGUGCUCAGCCUCAUCCAGACCAACACCGAGGUCAUCACCUCUAGCGUCAACCAAAAGGUGCAGGAAUUUGGGCACAGGGGCAUCCGCUGCAUGGCGGUGGCACGCACAGACGCGCAGGGGCAGUGGCAGAUGCUGGGCCUGCUCACCUUUUUGGACCCGCCACGCCCCGACACUCGCUCCACUCUGGAGACCGCCCUGCGCCACGGCGUGCAGACCCGCAUGAUAACGGGUGACAACAUGCUGAUAGCGCGGGAAACGGCGCGCGCGUUGGGCAUGGGCACGGACAUCCGCACGCCCGAGGGGCUGCCCUCCAUGACCGAGGACGGCCGCAUGCCCCCCCACCUCGGCCGCGACUACGCGCACGUCAUCCUCCCGGCAGACGGCUUCGCACAGGUGUACCCGGAGCACAAGUACCUGAUAGUGGAGGCGCUGCGGCAACUGGGCUACAGCGUGGGCAUGACCGGCGACGGCGUCAACGAUGCACCCGCCCUCAAACGCGCUGACGUCGGUAUCGCUGUCAGCGGAGCUACUGAUGCGGCGCGGGCUUCAGCAGACAUCGUGCUAACAGAGCCCGGGCUGAGCACCAUCGUGGACGCAAUAGUGAUCGCGCGGCGCAUUUUCCGCCGCAUUUCCAAUUUCCUCAACUACCGCAUCGCCGCAACGCUGCAGCUGCUCCUAUUUUUCUUCAUUGCCGUCUUUGCUUUCGCGCCACACGACUACAACCCCCGGUGGCCCAGCUUCUUCCAGCUUCCGGUGCUGAUGCUGAUGCUGAUCACGCUGCUCAAUGAUGGCACGCUGAUCUCCAUCGGCUACGACAACGUUGUGCCCAACCCACGCCCGGACAGAUGGAAUCUGAGGGUGAUAUUCACGGUGGCGAGCGUGCUGGGCUCAGUGGCGUGCCUGUCGUCGCUGCUGCUGCUAUGGGCCUGCCUGGAGUCGGGCCACAAGGGCUCCCUCUUCCGCCGCAUGCACCUGCCGCCCAUCCCCUACGCCAAAAUCAUCACCAUGCUCUACCUCAAGGUGUCGAUAUCGGAUUUCCUGACGCUGUUCAGCAGCCGCACAACAGGCUUCUUCUGGACGUCCCCGCCGGCGCCGUUGCUGACAGGGGCGGCAAUUUUCUCACUGGCGCUGUCCACUCUGCUGGCCUGCGUGUGGCCCGCCGUGACCACCGACCGCAAUGUUCCGGUGCGCGGCCUCUGCCGCGGCGGCUACAAGGCCUGGCCCGUCUGGGUCUGGCUCUACUGCCUCGUCUGGUGGCUCAUACAGGACACGCUGAAGGUGCUGACAUACAAGCUACUGUUCGCGUUUGACAUCUUCCAGAUCAAGUCGGGCAGCCGGACGGGCAAGGCCGGCAAUCAGCCGCGCGAGGAUCGGCUGCUGGCCGUGCAUGUGACACCGGAGGCGCAGACAGAGCUGACCAGAUAUACACACGCUGGCGUUCAGCACGAGGUGGAGGCGGGGUUGGAUGAUUUGAGGGCGGCCUACGCGGAGCUGCACGAGCAGCUGGACUCGGCCGCCAGGCCCCCGGAGGAGAAGGAGCGCCUCGCGCAACAUUUGCAGCAGGUGCGGCAUGCGGCGUCGAGUCUGGAGCGCGUGGCGGGCGCGAUGGCGCGGCAGGCGGCGGCCGAUCACCCGGGCCGGGACGACGGCGUGCGCUUCACUGUCGGCCCGGUCGACGGCCGCGCGUCGCGAGACGGCCAGGGCGACAGCCGCCGCCGUUCGCACUGAGACGCGCAUGCCUCGAGCCGGGCAGUUGAAGAUGGUACAGACAAAUUGUUUCUAGCUAUCAAUAAGUGUAAAAGCUGCUGUGUGGCAGUUCCAGAGGCCAGGAUAUUCUGAUGUAAAGGAAGCUCCUGUCUCAAGAUAUGUGCAGCUGAGCAGGACAGUCAUGACUGAUCAGGUUUGGCUUGCGCACUAGUAUUCUGAAGUGGCUGGGCGUUGACAGAAAGUUGAGCAGCAGAAUUGCAAUUGUUUGCAUGCUCUGGCAUCAAUGCAUAUGUGGAGUAUUGAGCAUGCAUUAGGUAGGUGCAGUCUGCAGAGCUGUGUGUUGGUCAGAAGGCAGAAUAUUGGAUAAUGGUAGUCUGCAGACACAGCUGUGCAUGCUUGUGAGCUAGCGCUGCAACUAGCAUCUUGCUUGUUUUUGGUCUGUUGGAAGUGCAGAUGUAAAUCUCACAGCUGUAGUGCCAUAUUCUGAAGUAGUGGUAGGAUUCGUCAAAGUUGUUGGAAGCAAAGUAACAUCUUCAAAGUAAGAUUGCAUUGGCUCAUGUGGAAUUGGUGUACCAGGGAUGGUCCUUCAGAGGGACUCCUUCUGUUGCAAUAUACGCAUUGUUACAGGCCUCAUGUAAAGCAAGUACCUCGGAU